AUGGGGCAUGUGAUCUCAAAGGAUGGAAUUGUUGUCGACCCAGCCAAGGUAAGAGCAGUUGUUGAUUGGAAACGGCCAGAGGCUGUUACUGAUAUUAGAAGUGUUGUUGGAUUAGUUGGUUAUGCUCGGAGAUUCAUUGAAGGUUUUGCUAAGAUUGUAUCCUCAUUGACAAAGGAGUGCGGGGCUAGUUAUAGAAUGUUAAAGGAACGUUUGAUGACCUUGCCGGUGCUAGUUUUACUACACCCAGAUGAACUCUAUGAAGUUUAUUGUGAUGCUUUUCAUCAAGGAUUGAGAAAGAUCGUGAGACUUCAGGGAGUGCCUUCUAGCAUCGUCUUAGAUCGUGACCCAAAGUUUACGUUUCAUUUUUGGGAAGCUUUGCAUGAAGCAUUGGGAACGAAGUUGAGACUAAGCUCUGCUUAUCACCUGUAG